AUGUCUACUCUGAUCCCGCCACCUUCUAAAAAGCAAAAGAAAGAAGCUCAACUACCCAGAGAAGUGCCUAUCAUUCCCAAAGAUUUGCCUAAUGUUUCAAUUAAGUUCCAAGCCUUAGAUACAGGUGACACCGUGGGUGGUUCCCUGAGAGUUCCCGGCUCUAUCUCCGAAAAGCAAUUAGAGGAACUUUUGAAUCAACUCAAUCGUACCUCAGAUGACCCAGUGCCAUAUACAUUCAGUUGUACCAUCCAAGGUAAGAAGGCAAGUGAUCCAGUGAAGACGAUUGACAUAACAGAUAACCUAUAUUCUUCGUUAAUAAAACCAGGUUUUAACAGUACAGAAGAUCAGAUUACGCUGCUGUAUACUCCAAGAGCGGUUUUCAAAGUCAAGCCGGUUACUAGAAGCUCAUCAGCCAUUGCGGGCCAUGGCUCCACAAUUUUGUGCUCUGCGUUCGCACCCCACACAAGUUCUAGAAUGGUUACUGGUGCAGGCGACAACACCGCAAGGAUUUGGGACUGUGACACUCAAACACCUAUGCAUACUUUAAAGGGUCAUUUCAAUUGGGUUCUUUGUGUUUCUUGGUCUCCAGAUGGUGAAGUGAUUGCUACAGGUUCCAUGGAUAAUACUAUAAGGUUAUGGAACCCAAAAACUGGGGAGUGUCUAGGUGAUGCUCUAAGAGGUCAUUCAAAAUGGAUCACUUGCUUGAGUUGGGAACCUAUACAUCUUGUGAAACCAGGUUCCAAACCAAGAUUAGCUUCAUCUUCUAAGGAUGGUACUAUUAAGAUUUGGGACAGUGUGAAUAGAGUUUGUCAGUACACAUUGAGUGGUCAUACAAAUUCAGUUUCAUGUGUCAAAUGGGGUGGUCAAGGUCUGUUGUAUAGUGGGUCUCACGAUAGAACUGUGCGUGUUUGGGACAUGAAUUCUCAAGGCAGAUGUAUUAACAUCUUAAAAUCGCACGCUCAUUGGGUCAAUCACUUAUCUUUAUCUACAGAUUACGCACUACGUGUAGGUGCUUUUGAUCAUACAGGUAAGAAACCUGCAACCUCAGAGGAAGCUCAGAAAAAGGCAUUAGAGAACUAUGAAAAGAUUUGUAAAAAGAAUGGGAGCUCAGAAGAAAUGAUGGUCACCGCAAGUGACGAUUUCACCAUGUUCUUAUGGAACCCAUUAAAAUCCACCAAGCCAAUAGCAAGAAUGACUGGUCACCAAAAAUUGGUUAAUCAUGUGGCCUUCAGCCCUGAUGGUAGAUAUAUCGUCUCAGCAUCUUUCGAUAACUCCAUUAAACUAUGGGACGGCAGAGACGGUAAGUUCAUCUCCACAUUCAGGGGUCAUGUAGCCAGUGUAUACCAGGUUGCAUGGUCCUCUGACUGCCGACUAUUGGUGUCUUGUUCCAAGGAUACCACUUUGAAGGUGUGGGACGUGAGAACUAGAAAGCUUUCUGUUGAUCUUCCAGGUCAUCAAGACGAAGUGUACACGGUCGACUGGAGUGUUGAUGGUAAAAGAGUGUGUAGUGGGGGAAAAGACAAGAUGGUAAGACUAUGGACACAUUGA